AUGCCGAGGUUUCAUGAGUUCAAGCCCGAGGAAGAAUUCUUUGAGGAAUAUCUGGAACGAUUCCAGAUUUAUGCCAGUAUCAACGAUUUGACGGCUGCUCUUAAGAAACACUACUCGCCGUCGAGGUCUCUCAUCGCUGAACGCACCCAGUUCCACAGGAGGUACCAACAGGAGGGAGAAAGCUUGGCCGACUUCGCAGUUGCCCUGAAGAGAUUAGCCCACACCUGCGAAUUCGGGUCGUUUCUCGACGAAUCUCUACGCGACAGGUUCGUGGCCGGAUGCCGUCGACACGAUAUUCAGCAAUCUCUCAUGGAGCUGGACGGAAUGAGCAAAUUUGACGUCUACAAAGUGGCCCUAGCCAAGGAACUGGCAGGGCAACAAUCGAAAGUGCUUCAGCAUUCGUCGGCGUCUACGACAGAGGACGUGCACCGUCUACGCAGCUCACGACAGGACUUUGCACCGCAAAAACAAACGGUAGGCCCCUGCUUUCGAUGUGGUUCUUCGGCUCACACGCCUCAGAAGUGUCCGCUUAUAGAUGCAAAGUGUUUUAAGUAUGGGAAAGAAGGCCACGUUAAAACGAAAUGUGUUACGGGGCAAGCUUCUGGUAGACCACAAAGUUCAAAACAAGAUUUUAGCAUUGUUCGUUGUAAUUCGGUGACUGGCAUACCACCAGUGAAAUCAAUGCUGAAAGUCGAAGGUAAAGACGUGGAGUUUGAGAUUGAUACGGGUUCAGCGGUAACGCUUAUGCCGGAGCCAAUGUACUGUCAAUUGCAGCCUUCUGGUACGAUGAAACACUGUGACCUUGUGUUACAAACGUUCACGGGAGAUAAGGUUCCUAUCGACGGAGUGAUUGACGUAUCUGUUGAAAGUAAGCGAGGCACGGAAGUAUUGCCUCUGGUUGUGGUGAAACAAUGCACUGUAAAGCUUCCAGUUUUGUUGGGCAGGAAUUUGCUUAAGCAGUUGAAACUUGACUGGCAAUCAGUGUUUUACAAUUCGUCACAAAGGAAGGCGUUGCAGGCACUCAAGCCUAUGUUCCCUGCUGUGUUCAACAAAGGGAAAAGUGCAAUAGAGGGUUUCACUGCAAGUCUUGCUUUUAAAGAUAACGUGUUGCCGGUAUUUUGUAAACAUCGCAAUGUCCCAUUUGCUUUUCGUGAGUCAGUAGAAAAAGAACUGACGCACAUGGUGGAAGAAGGGGUACUGACACCAGUCAAAACAAGUGACUGGGCAACCCCGCUUGUUGUUGUACCAAAGCCAGAAGGCAAGAUAAGAAUUUGUGGGGACUACAGUGUUUCUAUUAACCCGAAUCUUCGCACGGAGCAGUACCCUCUUCCACGUACAGACGAACUUUUCGCUACUUUCACUGGAUGUCGUGUUUUCACUGUUCUUGACUUGCGCUCUACGUAUUUACAGCUUAACCUUGAUGAGCAGGCUCAGAAAGUCUUCACAGUGAAUACCCACUUGGGUUUGUUUGAAUUCACGUGUCUACCUUACGGGGUGUCCAGUGCGCCUGCAAUUUUUCAGGCCACAAUGGAUAAAAUUUUGCACGGGCUACCUAAGGUUGCGUGCUACAUCGAUGACUUGUUAAUUGAGGGUGUUGACUAUGACGAGUGCUUUGAAAAUGUGAAACUAGUAUUGGACAGACUUGCUAAACAUUCUGUGCAACUAAAUGUUAAGAGCAAGUUCUUUGUGUAUGAGGUUAAGUAUCUGGGUUUUGUCCUUGAUAAAGAUGGGUUGCGCCCUUCGCCGGAUAAAGUGAAAGCGAUUACAGAGGCUCCUGCACCUUCUAGUGUUACUGCACUACGCAGUUUUCUGGGUAUGCUAAAUAUGUAUGCACGAUGCUUCUUGGAUGUGGAGUGA